AUGACCUGUGGCAAGGUAGAUGGACUUACAAUGGUGAUUGUGUGCACCAUGGGAAGAUGUGGAGAACCAGGCAAGGAUAUGAAGAGCUGCACCGUGGCUUUGUGGAGGAUCAUGAAGCAUAUCAAAGAUUCACCCAAGUACAUCCAAGCAAAAGAGCUUGUGGGAUGGGAUAUUAUCAAUAGAGGGAGCCUCUUCUCACCUAGCACCGGACUUGGUGAGAGAUCUAAGAAUUCCUAUGAAGAUAGUUAUGCUUCAAAGAAAGAUGCUUCCUAUGAUAUCAACUACCAUUCUCCUUUGUUACGAGGACACAUUUGGGAUAAAUUCCAAGAGAACUCUUUGAAGAAUGCCACUGUUCCAGCCCAUGAGCUUUCAUUGCCUGAUGGGCUAACUCCCCUCCAACAGUACAAGGAAUCUGGCCUCAGUUCUAGCAGUUAUGAGCUUAGUCAAUAUAUGGAAAAUUCUUCCAACCACUAUGAAGCAACUUUCUCCGAGGAUUGGAGCCCUGUUCAGUCAGAAGACUUCCAAGCUAUGUCUAACCGUGUGACCUCCCCCAAAUUUACUGUCCCUCAUGUACCUCUGUGUUUUGGAGCUGGAGGGCAGUUGGUCCGAGGAUGUCCAAAUGAUCCAGCAGAUGGACAACCUGCUCUUGUUGAGAUACACAGCCUUGAGAUUAUUCUACAUGACACUGCUGAGCAAGAAAUGAUGAGAAUCUUUCCAGGACCUCUGAUCAGGGAAGAUCUGCACAAGGUGGAUGUGAUGACAUUCUGUCAGCGCAAAGCAGCCACUGGCUGUGACUUGACAACUAAGCAGGGCCGAGAUUCUGCCUUGCUUUGGAAGCUCCUCCUCCUCCUUUGCCGACAAAAUGGAUCCAUGGUGGGAUCAGAUACAGCUGAGCUGCUGAUGCAAGAUCGCAAAUACCAGGAAAAGUUCAAAAGACAAGAGCCACGGAUGAACCUGAUUAACCUGACAGGAGAAGAAUGGCCAGUGUCUGGCUAUGGAACCAUGGACCUUCUCACAGGGGAGAUGGUCCCAACUGCUGGCACACCAGAGCAAAAAAUAGAGAAAUUCACCAAACUCCUUUUCUAUGGCAGAAAGAAAGAAGCCCUGGACUGGGCUAUGAGAAACCAGCUAUGGGGCCAUGCACUCUUUCUAUCAAGCAAGAUGAACCCAAGGAUUUACAGUCGGGUCCUGACUGGGUUCACAAGCACAUUGGCCUCCAAUGAUCCUCUGCAGACACUUUUCCAGCUCAUGUCUGGAAGGAUACCCCAGGCAUCUUUGUCCUGUGGAGAUGAGAAGUGGGGAGACUGGAGGCCACACCUGGCUGUCAUGCUGUCUAAUCAAGUAGGAGACUUGGACCUGAAUUCCAGAGCCAUCAUCUCUAUGGGAGACACAUUGGUUGGGAAAGGGUUAAUAGAAGCUGCUCACUUCUGCUAUCUGAUGGCAGAUGUUCCUUUCGGCCACUAUCGAGUUCAAACAGAUUAUAUGGUAUUGCUGGGAAGUAAUCAGAGCCAAACCUUUUCCCAGUUUGCAAGGACAGAAUGUAUUCACAGAAUGGAAAUUCUUGAGUAUUGUCGGUUACUGGGGUGUCCCCAAGCUUUCAUCCCUUCUUUCCAGGUAUAUAAACUGAUUUAUGCAUCUCGCCUCGUUGACUAUGGUCUUACUGCCCAGGCCUUACAUUAUUGUGAAGGGAUUGGAAUGGCACUUCUUGCACAGAACCAGAAUGCUUAUCCUGUCCUCCUACAGCAGGUUAUCAAGCUAGCGGAACGAUUAAAGUACUCUGACCCACGACUCCUGGAGAAGGCAGAGUAUGAGAUGGAUUUGGAACCAUAUUGGUUCAUUGAACUCAGAGCCCAUUAUCAACAGUGGGAGGAUCAAAGAGGGUUUCCCAACACUACAUCCACCCAGCUAGAGGUUUGCAGAGGCAAUGGAUCAAUAUCAGGUUUAGCUCCUCAUUUUGAAUCUGAACAAGCUGAGGUAUGCUGGGAGAAUCUACAGCAUCAGCCUUAUACACACCUGUCACCUGUUAAUUCAACUGGGCACCAACCAGAUGUGGAUCAACAGCUGCAUAUCUGUUCUGGACAUGGAUAUCCUUCAGAGAGGACACCUGCUAGUUUAGAGGCUUGUUUAGCAGAAAAUGACCACAGUUCCACUUUGUCUUCAAGAGGCCUUUCAAAUGAUCCUUCCUCACAUCUGAAACAACCAUCAGGGGAGACUAUGGAAUCUUGUGGGCUGGACCAUUUUCCUGGUGAGCCAAAGAAGCACAUUCCAGAAUAUCAGGCCAAUUCACGGACCCGGACUGUCUCUGAGAGUUCCACAAUAACCCUUUCAGAAGAUACACCUCAGUCCCCAGAAGCCUCCUGGGAUGAAACCUCAUCGGAGAAGAAAUUAGUGGAAAAUACAGAGCAAGAGGUACUGAAGAGGAAGAAAAGCCCAGCAUGCUCCACUCAAGAUUUUGUAUCCCUCCAGACUUCUGGUUUUGGCUGGUUCCGAUGGUUCCGUUCCAAGGCAAAUAAAGAUGAAGCACCAUCUUUGGACUCAACUGCUUCAGUUUCUCAGGAGAAAAUCACUCAGUCCCUUUUGGUUUCACCCAUGAAUCAACAUCAUUGCCUUCCUCCUCUUUCUCCCACACAAGGCAAUUCUUUUUCCAAGAGAUCUCCAGAAGUUCAAAAUUCACAAGGCCCUAGCAGCAUGGAAGCAACCAUCGUUUCAGAUGCUGGUGAUCAGGUGAGAUGUGGAAUACAAAAUGAAACCUUUGGUUUGGAAAAAAAUGUCAUUGGGGAGACUAGUUCUUUCAGACAUCAGUACAACCCUGAUAGUGUGCCUCUACCCUACACAGAAGGGACAGUUCCUUUGUUCAAUCCUGCUCAGGUAAUGUUGUGGCCUGUCGGCUGCCGGAAAACUUCACAACCAACUCAGAGGAGGAAGCACAGGAGUGAGCGUCGGGCCCAGCAUCAGGGCCAUCUGAAAACUCUGAUGGGGAUGAAGGAAUGGAUCUAUCGCAGCCAGGGACAGAGGCAGAGCCUGGGCCAUCUGUCAGCCCCCAAUUGGAAAGGCUGA